GUUCAUUUUGUGUCGCGGCUCGGUGCGGGUUGUGUGUAUUGUACGUCGCGGCGGUGCACGAAAGUGGAAUACUAAAUAUACUGCCGAAUAACGGUUCAUAAAAGACCCGUGGGUAUUUUUAUAAGUUUUUUGUGACGUGAAAAUGAGGCUGGCUUCAUGUUUACUUGUCGCAGCAAUCGUAAUGGGCGAAACAAAGGACCUUAAAUUAGAAACAUGGAUGAGAGAUCUGCCAGAACAGCUAAAGGAUAUACCAUUUAUAUACCUUGCUAUACCAGGGAGUCAUGACUCCAUGACAUAUGGCAUCACUCGGUCGAGCGGGCUAGCCCCCGAUGCCGAGCCCAUCCUCCACAGACUGUACCCUUUGUUCCGAGGUACGAUCAUGCGCUGGACCAUUACGCAGAGCCUUGAUACGUGGCAACAACUUCUCAUUGGCAUUAGGUACCUUGACUUAAGAUUAGCGACCAAGCCUGGCACUGAAGAAUUCUUCUUUACUCACGGACUUUAUGCUGAGGAGAUAUCCAGUGCUUUGAGACAAGUCAAGGACUUUGUUGACACACACCCUGAGGAGGUAGUAAUUCUCGAUCUCCAGCAUUUCUACGGCUUCACCCCAACUGACCACCAGCGGCUGAUGCGGCUCCUGAUCAACCUGUACGGCCCCAAACUGGUCCCUAGACAUCUGGAUCUGCGCAGUGUCACUCUUAACUCGCUCAACAGAUUGAACCAGCAGGUAAUAGUGGUAUACCGCAACGAAUCAGUAUACACAACGACCGAAUUCUGGCAACCGCAGAUGCUUCCAUCACCAUGGCCGCAGCAGGACAAGGUCUCAGGCCUGCUGCGGUUCCUGGAGAACAUCCGGCGCCACCCCGGCACCGGCUUCGUGCACCAGGCCGUGCUCACGCCCACGCCCAGCUUCAUCGUGCUGCGGUGGACGUCAAAUCUUCGUGCAAAAUGCGCAGCGCCCGUAGUGAAGGAAGUCCUCCCCGCGCUCGCGGCGCUGUCCCCCGGGCCGCCGCGCCGCGCGGGCGGCGCGCCGCUCAACGUGGUCAUCGCGGACUUCGUGGACAUGGCUGACGCCGUCUUCCCCCGGACCAUCAUCAACCUCAACAACAAGCUCUUGCAGAAUAGGGACGUAGUCUACCAUAGCUAUGGGUGAGAUCUCAAAUAAGUCGCUUAACUUCAAACUCGGGUAAAUCCAUCUGUCAGAUUAUGCGAUUUUUGUAUUAUGAAAAGGUAAUUAGGUUACUUAGAUAUUUGCUGAGGGUCGAAUGAAUUUACCCGAGUUUGAAGUUAAGCGACACAAAUAAUGUACCUGGUUUUAGUUUUAAGGAUUACUUAAUAUUUUUAUAUGACAGUUUUCUGUGAUAUUUCAUAAAACAACUCAAUAAUAUAUAAGCAUAAUUAUUAACUAUAGGGAUUUAUAAUGACAUCAGAAUGUACAUACAUGCUUAUUCCUUUAGUAGAAAUAACUGCCGUUUGAAGGAAGGACAGAGGCACGGACGCUAUGGGCUACUUUAGACAUUUGUUUAGUUUUAUACGCUACAAGAAAUAUUACCUACUGAUAUUAAAGUAAAUAUUUUCUUCAUAAGCUGUUGGCAGUUUUCAGUAUUGGACCGCAAGCCACAAACAGAUUUCCAUGACCAAUCGCCUCUCGGGCGAUAACUCGUAUAUUGGUUAACGGCUAUAUAUGAUGAUCCCUCAUGGACGUCAGCUGGCACUCCGUUGGUGAGUUGAGGAAUGGCAGCCACCGAAACAUGUAAAAAAAUAAAAUAAAUUUUGUCAUCGCCUCCCGUUUGAUACUUUGUCAGAAGAUAGUUUAAUAUUAUUAUAAAAAAAACAGUUAUCCAGUUGUAUAGCGGUGGAAAGACCGUCAGCUACUUGCAUAAACAUGUAAAAAAUAAGUGCUGUACCUUUUUAUUAUAGUAAUAACUAAAUCAUGAAACUUUGCAUGUAGGAUUUCAUCGGGCAUUUCAAUAAACGCCUUACGGAUUUGUGGACAUAAAUGGUAGGCGCCAUGGUCUAAUAAAACAUGGUCUUCUCUUCCCAGAGUGACACAGGCCUACGUCACAAUAACAUUGCCACUUUAUUUCAACAUAACAUGUUACAUGGGUACAUUAUACCUAUGGUUAACACAUUCACUGCCCCCAACGCACAUAUGCGUUCAGCGUCAUAUAAGUUUGUUCCUAGGCCACGCCCCCUGGCAGUGAAUGCGUUAAUAAGUUAAAAUAUUUCUUUAUAAUUUUAUAAAUUCCAUUUUUGUGUAUUUUAUCUUAAAUUUUACAAUAACACGUCAUUUUUAAUUAUUCGUUAGCAGUAUCUUCCGAUUCACGAAAGAAAUUUCAGAUGUUCGGGUAAUUCUGUUUACACUACUGGCAACACAGGAUAGCGCUGUCACAUUUGACAAUUCGGAUCUAGAUAACUUCAUGCCCUGACCGUCAUCCUUGUCGAACGCGUGUUAAUUAUUAUUUCCUUCUCGCUCAGUGUCAGCAGUCGCAGUGUUUUCCAAACUUUUCACGUCGUAAGCUUGGUAAUUAAUGUGUAAUUGUGAAUUCGUUUUUCAAACGUUUGUCUUGUAUAGAUAAAUAAAGUUUAAUUUAAUACAUUAGAUUUGUUUUAUUUUACUAUGUUUCUACAUGAAUAACUUAAAAUUAAUGCCGUUAAAAUAAUUUUCACAGUUGGUUAAAAUUCUCCAACAUUUUAAAGUUUGAGAACCUGUAAACAGCAUGAUGACGUAGGCCUGUGUCAGUUAGGUCAUUCGCGAAUCUCGGAAGAGAGUACCAGGCGGAGUAUAUUAUUAUACCAUGGUAGGCGCGUAUUUUUUACAUGUUUAUGCAAGUAACUGACGGUCUUUCCACCACUAUACAACCGGCUGACUAUUUUUUUAAUUCAUGAUAGCAUCUAAACUAUCAUCUGACAAAAUAUCAAGCGGGAGGCGAUGACUGACGAUAUUUGCUCCUAGCCCGCGGUCUAUAUGAAGGGUCUCUCAGAAAAAAUAUUCAACUCGAUCCUACACUACCUCAAAGUCCUCAAAUCUUUUUGCCACGUUCUGCUAUGGUCGUAAAUUAUCGAUAACAAAUUCAAUUUGUUUAUUUAUAUAGGAAUUUAUGCUUUGGUAUAUUUUUUUUCUGAAGAAGACAUUUAAUUCAAAUACAAUUAUCAUCGUACAUAUCGAGAUUAUGAAUAACGCUGGCCUUAAUAUUGUAAUAAAUUUAUUUUGAAAUAAAAUACUAUAUUACGUA